AGGUGCCAUACUGUAUUUAAGCAAACAAAAAAUCACCAAUGUUACGCAGACGCCGUCGAAAGCGAAGUGGCUGCUGAGUUGAGUGGUGUGAGAAAAGGAAAUCCUCGCAUCUGUCAGUUUUUAUUGAAGUGAAUCGGCUCAAAUUUCCCGUAACUAUGAAGUAAGACCACCGUUCGGCACACUUUGUUCCUGAUGACCUUUGACAUGCCAUGGGAAGCAGUGCCAGCUCACACAGACGAGGAGGAGGACCUCCAUCCAAUGGUUCAAACAUGAACAAUAGUACAGACAGCAUGUCCAACGAGGUUGAAGCAGAUUGCACAGACGCACCUGACCCAAAGACUCAUACUGCCUGGGAGGCACAGACAGCAGAAGAUAAAAAAGAAGAUGAAGGAGAUUCAAAAGAAGUGAGCGUGGAAGAGAAGAAAGAAAGCAUCUCCGAGACCGUGACCUUCUUGAUGACCACUGAGGACUAUGCAACUGAGGAGAGCCUGGAGAAGUUCACCACACUGGCCAAGAUCUCCAUGGAUAGGAUCAAUCGGCCGGAGCUUGGCAGAUACAUCACGGAGCUGGGCUUCGCGGACCUCUACGUCGCCAUCCACAGGAAUCUCUACAGCCACGAUCUCUUCAACGUCGACAGCGAAGACGAGAGCCGCAAGCAGGCGCAGAUCAACUUGAAGAAGAUGCGCGUUGCCUACUGGAACUUCACCGACUGCACGGCCGAGCUGUGCACGGCCCUAGGUAACAACGGGGCCCUGGAGAUGACCAUUAAGGAACUCACGCAUCCCGAGCUGGCCCACGAUAAGCUGAAGAAGGAGACCAAGCGGAACGUGGUCCAGGGAAUCUUAGGGGUUCUACUCAACUCCAUCCGCCUGGGUGACGACAACCGAGCCGUCUACCGCAAGGCAGGAGCUGUGGAGAUCCUACAUACUCUCAUGGCUUGUACGUUUCUCAUCGUGCGCGUGCAGUGUCUUCUCACUUUAUCCUACAUCAUUAACGAAGAAGAGAGUGAAAAGAUUACAGCUUCCGAUGGCUCAAUCGACACUCUACUGACUUGGAUUAGGGAGGGCCUACGGACGAAAAACCAUAAAACCAAAAAAUUUGGUUUCUCGGUCGAGGAGCUCAUGAUUGGCUUGAACAACCUGGCUCUGAACGACAACAACAAAGUCAACAUCGUUCAGAAGGGAGGCCUGGACCCUUUAGCUAAGAUGAUGUCCAUGGCAUUCUCUGAUCAGGAACAGGAGCUGGCAGCCGGGCUAGUCUGGAAGCUGGCGUUCAUCCCAUCCAAUCGACCGGUCAUCCAACAACAUAAACCUCUUAUUGAAGUUUUGACCUCGAUGCGAAGCUGCGAAAAUGCUACCCUGCGUGAGGCCUGCACCGGUGCAUUGUGGGAAACCAACGAGGGCAAGAUUGACCUGCCGGGACACGUGUUGCACACGGAGCACGCGGCCGACAACAAGCACAUCAUGAUCAGCUACCAAUGGGACGUCCAGAAGCGCAUGAUCAUGCUGAAAGAUGACCUGAUUAAUGCUGGCUACCGAGUCUGGAUGGACGUGGAUAAAAUGGAGGGCGACAUUCUUGGAGCAAUGGCGGAAGCUGUGGAGAAUUCAGCUGUCGUCCUGGUCAACCUGUCCCAGAAAUAUAAAGACAGUCACAACACCCGAACAGAGGCCACAUAUGCCUACAAACAGAACAUCCCGAUCAUUCCCCUACUGGUUGAAGAGGACUACCGUGCGGACGGAUGGCUAGGUGCCCUAGUCGGAACCCUCCUGUACUUCAAGUUCUUUGAAGACAGCCAGUUGGAGCAGAACUUGCCGUACUUGAUACAGGAGAUUGGGAAUAGGGGUAAAGUCGGGGCAGAUGCGGUCAUCACAAGAACAGAGAUUCAACCUGUCAAGGCGUCGGUAACACAGAGCAAACCGCCGGUAACACAGAGCAAACCGCCAGCCCCUGCUCCCACCAACAAAGUCCAACCAUCGCCUCCCAGAGUUGCCUGGUCAGCUGUGGCCGGCUGGGACAAGGCCAAAGUCCAGGAAUGGUUGCAGAAGAACCAGCUGGGCAGCGUGGGCAACAAGCUGGCCGAGUGCAGCGGUGAGCUCCUGGUCCAGAUGCACAAACAGUCCCAGCGAGCGCCCGAGUUCUUCCACAACGCCCUGCGCCAAGACUUGGGCUUGGAUUACAUGACUAUACUGAAGCUGACCAGUGCUAUGGAGAAACUUAUGACAUGAGGGAGCGCUCGAUAAAACUUCUACAAAGUAAUACAAUGUUCUGUGUCUUCUUGGUGUGCAUGUUUGCCCAGCUUUGUAAUUUUGAAUACCCAUCAAGAGCAAUAGGGCAGCGCAAGACUACGUCACCAUGUAAAAAUCAAUUUUGCCCUUCACUGAUGUAUAAAUACUGUUUAUUCAGUGUGUUACCUCCCGAGUGAAAGUUGGAAAAAAUCACUCGGGUGGGACUCGAACCCACGACCUCCUGCUUUCUAGUGCAGAUGUCUGACCACUCGACCACCAAGCUAACGGGAUCGGUUGACUGGUUCGUCACUGGUGUACAUGUAGCAGCAGGUACUGCAAGUAAACUAUUCAUCAGAUGAAUUUGCGUCGGGGUGAUAUAAAGCAAUGAAAAAUGUUACAUCAGCCCAUAGCAAAUUCAUCUUACGAAUAAUCCUGUAAAAACAUCUUUUCAUUAGCAUGGGAGUUUUCACUGGUUGCUGUGCGUUACCAUUCAGCACUCCAGACUCAAAAACCAUUCAGUUUUAUGAAACUUGGUCAGGGUACGAGAUAAGGAGAUUCCAGAAGUUUCUGGAAGUAUAGAUUUGACAAAAGCAACCAUUUGCUUAAUGAUAUGCAGUUUACGGUGAAAUGGCUGUUUGAUUGUACGAAGGAAUUUUGCCGGGGGGGGGGUGUUUAUUUUACUGUUGAGUUUCCUUUACAUUCCUGGAUUUCCUGGAUUACAAUGUAAAAUUAUUGAUUAAAAAACACACCUAGUCUUUCACUUUGGAAACCCGUGGAGCCUUUCAAAUGUUGAAAAAAAAAUCAUUUUAGCAGGUCUGCUGAAUAUUAUAUAGCACCAAACAUGAGGUGAAGUCACCGAGAUUAACAGACCUUUGGUCAGUUAUUGUUAUGGAAUUUG